CUGAAAGUUGGACAUGGCCUUCCACGUACUACUACUGCCCCUACCAUAGGUGACUACUACCAGACCAGUAGUGCUGCAUCCCUGCCUGGUCGAACGUCGGCUACGACGACAUCCUUCCACACCUUUCCCACCACAAUCCUUGAAUUCCCUAAUCCCUAAUCCCACAUCACUCUUUGUCGCUACCUUUAUUUCCUUCAGAGCGUUCACCUUUUGUGUUCUUCAGAGAGGGUGCUCCUGCAGCAGCAGGUCUUCGCAAAUGGGCCCCCAGCGAUAUGAAGCGGUAAAUUCGCACGAUGACGAAGUUGAUUCUCCCGACCAUCCUCACGGCGUUCCAUCUUCACCUCCCCCUUCAUUCCGAUCUCGAGCAUCCUCCCCGUCGUCGCGCCGCCUCCUAGCCCAGGAUCCCUUACCCGACACAGCCGAUCAAGAUUUGGCAGACACCUUCGACGACGGAGAGGGGUCAGAUGGCGAAAACGAUGGCGAUGACAGACAAAGGUUACUGAGAGCGGACACAGCGGCGGUGAGACAAGAUGCCUCGCCAUCGCCGCCCUCUGCGCCCGAUGCUCGUCAAGCGCCUGCAGUUGAGCGGCGAGUUACAGAAACGCCUGUAUUCAGACCCAUGCCAGCACCCGCCCGGCCGAUGGACGGUGUUUUUGCCAACUUAUCUGCCAAACCCGAACGAGGGGAGCCGGUCGAUGAAAAGCCUCCAUCAUAUGAACAAGCAGCUGCCGACGCAACUCCUCCAUACUGGGAAACGACGAUUUUGGCCCCCGGCAUGUCUUCCGACGAAGUCUACGUCGACGGUCUACCCGUAGGCUCAGUGUUUUCGUUUGUUUGGAACGGCAUGAUCUCCAUGUCAUUCCAACUCGUCGGUUUCCUCCUCACAUACCUCCUUCACACGACGCAUGCAGCCAAACAUGGCAGCCGAGCCGGCCUGGGUUUGACCCUAGUCCAAUACGGCUUCUACAUGAGUGGUUCGAGCGAUAGCAAUCAAGAUACCGGCAACCCCGGACAGUUUUCGAGCACGUCGCCACCGGAUCCAAACAGUCACAAUUUCGACCCUGGUGCGGUCGAUGGCUCCAAUGACUCCAAGAGCGGAAUGGGCGGCUUCACCGGCGCGGAUUGGAUAUCGUAUAUUCUGAUGAUUGUUGGUUGGUUCAUUCUCAUCCGGGCGGUUUCGGACUUUAUGCGUGCGAGGCGGCAUGAGGCGUUGGUUUUACAAAGUCCCAGUCGUGGUCUUCCUGUGGCGGUUGUUGCAGAAGGCGAAACACCUGAGCAGGCCGCAUAGCUUGGGCUGGUGCGAUCUGUUAUGUCUUUUGUGCUGGUUUCUAGGCUGGUGUUUUUCUUCGGCGCCCUGCCUGAGGUGUGUAAGGAACCGUUCAUGGGAAAAUGGUAACAAUUGAACAUUGUGCGUCUUUGAAUUUUGGAUGAACUUUGAUUUCCUCGUCUCGAUCCAUGGCUUCAUCGAUAUUCUUCGUUGAUGCAAAUAGUUGUAGAACUUCUAUAGCUACAGAGCGUAUUUCCCAUUGACGUAUGAGAAGGAACUCGGCCUGAACAGUGUGUAACCUACGUAGAACACAGCCAUUUUGGCUUCUUUUCAACACCACUAGACGUGUAGAUUGCACCCAUCUUUUUCUACGUCGUUUUGUUCCCGUUUAACUUGUCCAUUCCCCAUGUUGGGUCAAGU